GAAAUGCCACUCGUUCAUUUCCGAAGGGAGAAGAAAAACCCUUAUUGAGUUGGUUCGGAGUUGUGACAAGCGGCGGUCGGAUAAUCGAAAAUGGGGAGGAGGAUUCUGAACGAUGCGUUGAGGACGAUUGUGAAUGCGGAGAGGCGAGGGAAAGCUUCGGUGGAGCUUAAACCUAUCUCCACCGUCAUGUCUUCCUUCCUCAGAAUCAUGAAGGAAAAAGGUUAUAUCAAGAACUUUCAAGUGCAUGAUCCACAUAGAGUUGGUAGGAUAACCGUUGAUCUGCAAGGGAGGGUUAAUGACUGCAAAGCUCUUACCUAUAGGCAAGACGUUAAGGCAAAAGAGAUUGAGGAAUACACUGAACGCACACUUCCAACUCGUCAGUGGGGUUAUGUUGUAGUCACAACUCCGGAUGGGAUUUUGGACCAUGAAGAAGCUAUUAAACGGAAUGUGGGUGGUCAGGUUCUUGGUUUCUUUUAUUGAAGAGCCUAUUCUAGCACACAUCAAGUGUCAAAGAGUUUAGCAAAUGUUCGAAAAGUUUCGAUCAGAACAUGUUUAUUCAUGUGGUUCUUUGUUUUGGUAUCUUGCAUUUUCUUUGAACAAAGUGGCAAUUACAGUACACAAUUUGCUUUUUUGAAUCCAAAGAUCUUAUGAAGCAUUUCGCAGAUUGUGUUGUUUGAUGAAGUUAAA